GACUCGCCGCGUGAGGACUCGAGCUGAAUUGGUUCUGGCUGGCGUGGAGAGAGAGAGAGAGAGAGAGAGAGAGAGAGAGAAACUUAUGGCGCAAAGACACAUGCAAGAAUAAAUGACUGCAGAGCAGCUGCGGACGUGUGUGCGUUCAGGCGCGUGUGUGCGCGCGCGUGUGUGAGAUGCUCCGGCUGUAGCGUUUGAACGGAGAAGUUUAGGACAGUCUCAAUGGCAGAGGUGAUGGAGGGAAGUGCAGCAGUGGCUGUUCCUUCUGCCAGCAUGGAUUGGCAGAAGAGAUGCAUCGCUCUCGAAAUGCAGCUACUCCGUUUCCGACUGCAGGCAGGGAAAAUCCGCCAGUUGCUGGCAGAAAAGAUGCAGGAACUGGAGCAAAGAGUGACUGAAGCUGACCAGCGGGCUGAAAAUGCAGAGAAACAAGUACAGAUAAUGGAAGAGAAGCUUAAAUCUGUGAAUAUGCAUCCCAGUGAAUCGGAAAGCUCCUUAUACAGGCGAUAUCAAGAACUGACCAGUCAGACGCAGGAGAAAGAUAUGAUUAUGAGGAAACUUGAAGCACAGCUGGAAAAACAGAAUUUGGUUCGAGCCCAAGAAGCCAAGAUUAUAGAGGAAAAAGCAGCCAAAAUCAAAGAUUGGGUUACAUUUAAGUUACGGGAGAUGGAGAUGGAGAACCAGCAAUUAAAGCUGAAUAACCUGAAACAGGCAGAGCAAAUCCUCCUGCUGCAAGAUAAACUUCAAACUGUACUGGAGAGACCCACAUCUCCAUGUUCUCCAAAGCCUCAAGUAGUGGACACUCUCCAGUCCUCCAGCCCUCUACGUCAUCCCAGUUGCUUUGGCACAUCCCCUACACAGGAUGAGAGCUUGAGACUGCCAGGAUCAUGCAAACCUGGGUCCAACACUAUUAGAGACGGUAAAAGGAAGGCACCAGAGGCUUCAGACUCUCAGAAUGCAUCUGAACACUUGUCUCGACACAAAUUCAGCACAGAGAAAGGAGUCACUGCAAGUGGAAUGACAGUUUUAGACAAGAGGGAAGGCAUAGAGAUUUCUGCUGUUAUUGCACGAGAUCGAGGUGGAGGAGGAGCUUCAGACAGAGACCAUUCCUCUGACGAGCUCAACAGCAAGUUCCGUUUACAGCGCUUACGUUCCUCCUCAUCUUCCUCUUCUUCUUCCUCCUCAGCCUAUGAGAUUUCUGGCCCUCGUAGCUUUGACACACCAACCCCUACUCCUAAGAGUCCUCUGCCAACGGGGGUAUCUCAGAUAAACCCUGCUUCCUUAGCUCUGUCUUCUGGAACUAGUAUGACCCUACCCAAAGUCCGGACCCCUUUGACACCUCGUGACAGCAUCCAGCUCCUCAAGAAACACCACAGUCAACCCCAGCCAGGCUUGGAACGACUCCAUCAGGUUAACGUCACCAUAGACAUCGGAUCCUCCACAUCCCCAUACCGUUGUAGUCUGGCUUUGGGUUCUGCCUCAACACUCGGGGUGGAGGAGACAGACAUUGAUGAGGGACCUCUAGAAAGAAUGGACGGGGUGGUAGAAGGGCCCACAGAAGAAGUAGCACCCCAUGAUGGUGUUUCAUUUGUGGGGUUGGCAGAGGAGCUGGAGAUGCUGGAUCCAGAAGCUCUGAAACCUCCUACUCCACCUUUGCACCGCUUUCCUUCCUGGGAGAGUCGUAUCUAUGCUGUUGCAAAGUCUGGUAUGAGAGUUUCAGAAGCUAGCCCUGGGGCCAGAAAUACGGGUAGAGUGUCCACCUUUCCCCAGUACUCUGCUCCUAGUCCUUUCACACAUCUCAUCUACAGAAACAUUACCAUACCAGUCUACUCCACACUGAAAGGGAAAGCCACACAGAUCAGCAGCGCUCCUCUUCCUGAUGAAGACUCAGGCUCAGAGGACGAUAGCAGCUCAUUAGCCAGUUUGCGCACAUCAACGGUGGGGACAGAAAAAAAGGGCAGUACCCCAGGAAGCCCUCGGGCAGUAAAGAGAGGGGUGUCCAUGUCUUCUAUUAGCUCAGAGAGUGAUUAUGCCAUCCCUCCAGAUGCCUACUCACUGGACAGUGACUACUCAGAGCCAGAGCAGAAAGUACAGCGUACUUCAUCCUUCUCCUGUGAGAGUGUUGGUCCAGAGACCCUGGAGAAAUCUGGCUACCUGCUAAAGAUGGGAAGCCAGGUAAAGGCAUGGAAAAGGCGCUGGUUCAUCCUGAGGAAUGGAGAGAUUCUGUAUUAUAAAUCACCAGUGAGUACAUGGAGUGACGUUAUCCGGAAACCUCAAGGCCAGAUUGAGCUCAACUCUUCAUGUCGUAUAGCCCGUGGAGAGGGAGCACAGACUUUCCAGUUAAUCACAGAGAAGAAGACAUUCUACCUAACCGCAGACUCUCCCAAUAUCCUGGAGGAGUGGAUCCGAGUUCUCCAAAACAUUCUUAAAGUCCAGGCCAGUCGACCAUUCUCCACAGAGACACAAGCCAAGCCAACAGUGCGUGGCUGGCUGACUAAGGUCAAGCAUGGUCAUUCAAAGCUUGUGUGGUGCAGCCUAAUAGGAAAGAUUUUCUACUAUUACCGUAACCAGGACGACAAGUUCCCAUUAGGUCAGCUCCAUGUGCGAGAGGCAAGGGUGGAGGAAGUGGACAGGUCAUGUGACUCCGAUGAGGACUAUGAAGCAGGAGGACGGGGCUUCCUCUCUUCUCACUGCACAUUAGUGGUCCACCCCAAAGAGCAAAGCCCCACAUACCUACUCAUUGGCACCAAGCAAGAAAAGGAUACCUGGCUGUACCAUCUGACUGUUGCUGCUGGAAAUAGUGCUAGCCUGAAAGUGGCUACGGAUUAUGAGCAGUUGAUAGGAAAGCUCCUGGAUGUGGAUGGAGAUCCAGACUCUCCUCUGUGGAAACAUGAGGUGCUGUGCUUCAGUAAAGAGGGUUUGCGUUCUCCUCUGACAACAUUGCCCUCUGAAGCACUUCAAACAGAGGCUCUCAAACUCUUUAAGUCAUGUCAGUUGUUCAUCAACGUGCUAGUGGAGGCGCCGUCCAUAGACUAUCACACUUCUUUGGCCCAGAGUGCAUUGCAGGUGUGUCUGGCACACCCCGAGCUGCAGAAUGAGAUGUACUGUCAGCUGAUAAAACAGACCAACUGCCGAAUGCCAAACAACUACUCUCUUACACAGUGUUGGCAGCUGUUGUCUGUGUGUGUUGCACUUUUCUUGCCCCAGCAUCAUUUUCUAUGGUACCUGAGACAGUACCUGCAGAGACACGCUGAUCCAAAGAGUGAGGUAGGAAAGUAUGCAGUGUACUGUCAGAGGUCAGUCGAAAGAGUGUUGCAAAAUGGAGAAAGGGAAGCCAAGCCUUCGCGUAUGGAGAUUGUGUCGAUUCUUCUGAGAAACCCUUACCAUCACUCGCUGCCCUUUAGCAUACCUGUCCACUUUAUGAACAACACUUACCAGGUGGUGGGAUUCGAUGGCUCCACAACAGUAGAGGAGUUUGUGAACACACUGAACCAGAGGGCAGGCAUGAGGAAGCCCCAGCUUUCUGGUUUCGCUCUCUUCACAGAUGACCCCUCAGGAAAAGACCUCGAGCACUGCCUCCAGCCUGCUACCAAGAUUUGCGAUGUGAUCUCAAAAUGGGAACAAGCCUUGAAAGAACUUCAACCAGGAAAGUGUGAGGGGACACGCAUUGUGCGUUUAACAUACAAAAGCAGGCUAUGCUUCCGAGCACAGGCUAAAGGAGAGACUGAGCGAGAGCGCCUCCUUUUGGCGUAUCAGGUGAAUGAAGAAGUUCAUCAAGGACACUUUCCAGUUAGUAAGGAGCUGGCAUUGGAGGUCGCUGCUCUCAUGGCCCAGGUGGAACAUGGAGACUUGGAUCGAGCACCAGCAUCACCUGGUGGUUCUCCACAAUCUAAGAGCCAACAGAUUCUCCUGCAACUUCUGGAGCGAUUCUACCCCACACGGUACAAACAGGACUGCAAUAUAGAACAACUCAGGGAGCUGACUGAGCGGCUGGCCACUAAGUGGUCUGUCCUGCAAGGCUGCACUGCUGCUGAAUGUGUGAGGAUCUAUUUGACUGUGGCGCGCAAGUGGCCUCUGUUUGGAGCAAAGCUAUUUAGUGCUAAACCGUUGCCUCCCUCUGCACUAGAGCCGACACAGGUGUGGCUUGCUGUCAGUGAGGACGGGUUAAGCGUGUUAGAUUACAGCAUGCACCUGCUGGUCACAUAUCCAUUCCAGUCUGUGAUCACCUUUGGGGGUUGCAAAGAGGACUUUAUGGUGGUGGUCAGUCAAACUAAAGAUCAGGCUUUAGGCAAGAAAACUGUCAACAAGCUCAUUUUUUCAAUGGCUAAAACAAAACAGAUUCUGGAACUGACUUUACUGAUGGCGAGCUACAUCAACUGGACAUCAGGCUUUUCAGCAGCCGGGAGCCAGGCACAGUCAUCCACACUGGGAUGUCGAGACAGGAAGUUGCGGGAAAUGGACAGCAGACAUUUUCCAUCAAUGACAUACACCACUAAAGGUCCCACACUUUUAUGAGCACCCAUUAUUCCUGAUCAGACACUUCAUACAUGUGAAAGGAGGUGAAAGGAGAUGGAGGUGAAAUCAUCCAGGUUGCAUCCAGGUCAUCAUGCAUCAUGCAUUAUCUUCAAUCUGCACAAGAGAAAGAAGGAAAAAUUCAGCUUUUUUUUGUGAUUCGGAAUAAUGAUGAAGCACGGUCCUUUUUGGUAUAAGCUAUACAUUCCUGGGAUUUCUACUUACUGUGAGCCACUCAAAAAAAGGGAAUUCAGGGUCAGACAGACACUCUUAUACACUGCCGUUUCUCUUCUAUACCGUUACAAUAGAAAAGGCAUUUCUCCAGCGCUUGAAAAGGGAGAAGUCAAACCACUAAAUGAACAAAGAUACAAACUAGGAAAUAUUAAUUGUUUGUGCUUUUCUUAAGUAUUUCCAGUUAGAAUUCUGUCACAUUUCUAAUAUUCAGUUAACCUAACCAUUUUUGUGGAGGUACCAUUUUUACUAACUUCCAUCUAAUUUGUUAUUUUUCUUUUUUGCAUUGCCUGCCUCUGUGUUAGAUUACUUUUUUGCUUGUUUUUAUUCCUGAUGCUGGUACAGACCAUUUUACCUGCCACUUAUGGUUAUGUUUUCAGUUAUAUAUUCUCUUUUUAAUAACUACACUGUUGAGAAAAUGUAGCUUAUAAAAGGCUGUAAUGGAAGAGAAUCUGUUUCCUGUCAGAUGCCAGGCUUCUUGGAAUAGUUAAAAAGGUUACAGAGAAUAUUUAUAAUAUAACUAGUGACAGCAGAGCAUUUAUAGCUAGAGGACCUCAGAUCUUUCAAUACCAUUUUAGGGUAUUUGAAAUAUAUCUAUUCAGUCAAGUAACUUAAUAAAUACCAGUAACAAUAACAUUUAUUUUAAAGCCCUCUUCUAAUUAGAACUGAAAUGGAACAGACACAAGCCCUGCAUUCUACAUUGCUUGUUGUUAAGUGUUUUAUUAUGGAUUGAAUACUUGAGGCACAGUUCAUCAUGUCUGUUACAUCAGUGUCCUUUACUGGAAAAAGAAUGGGAAGUGCCACUCUUUAACCUUGCACAUCUGUUUCAACCUGUUUAAACCUGCAUUAGUAAAUCUUGACAUGCGCUAAAUAUUCAAGUAUAAAACUAGCAAAUGUUUCGGUGUUAGAAAUGUAACAGGACACACAGUUACUUUAGAAUGAGGUGUUGAUCUUCCCUGUGUGCUAAUGUAAUAAUUAAUCUGCAAAAGAGCUAUGAAAAAUUAAUAACUUGAAUUAUUUUAUGGAGGAAACCACUGUUUUUAAUUUUUUCUAUUUAUUUUGUUCUUAUAAUGUUGCUACUUUACGCUUGCUUUUACUACAUAAUUUUGUGGGUCACUGAGUUGUCUGAGUUGAAGCUAAAGGAUAAUAUUCUUUCAACUGUGUGCAUAAACAGUAGUUUAAAGUUAUGUAAAGGCAUCAGAUCUUUAUUGCAUGGAUGAAAAGUUUUGUGAAUAAAACAUGUACAAUGUG